UUCCAUCGGAAACCCCUUUCUGUCCUCCUAAUUCCCACAGAACCUUCUGAUCUUGGUAAUGCCCAUUUUGUCCUCCCCAAAAACCCUGAAGAACUACGGAACAAAUCUGCUGUUUCUCACUCUUUUCUUCCGCAAAUUCAAAUCACAAUUUCGUUUUCAAUCUGCUGCUGCGGUUCGUUCGGAUUAGGCGACUUUAUUGGCUAACCUUUAUGGCGAUUGAAGUUUGCUCUGAGAUUUCCACUCUAGGAAUCAGUCCGAGAAUCUCGUUUUCGCAUGAUCUGAACCAGGCCGAUUCGUUGCCUUCUUCUUCCGAUUGCAACCGCGGUCGCUUGGAUUUAACUCUUCCGGAAUCCGAUUUCGAUUUCUGCAUUGGCAAUCUUCUUAUGCAAGAUCUCUCCUCUGCGGAUCAGCUUUUCUGCAAUGGAAAAAUUCUCCCCGUCGAAAUCAAGAAAUCGAUCGUUUCUAAACCUAACGAAUCGACUCCUCCAAUUCCGACAACUUCAGUCUCCUCCGAGAAGAAGAGCCUGAAAGAACUUCUAUCCGCGAGUUUCGAUGCGGAGGAGAAACCGCAAUCCAAAUCGUCGUUCUGGCAGUUCAAGCGAAGCAGUAGUCUCAAUUGCGAAACCUCCAAGAGUAGAGGUUUCAUACGAUCCUUGCAUUUUCUCUCCAGAAGCAACUCCACUGGUUCGGCUUUGAAUUUGCAGAAACAGCCUUCGAUUUCGAGUACAAAAUCGUCGGUAUCUUCUUGCUCCAACUCGUAUUUCGCAAAUUCCUGCUCUCAGAAGACUUCGACGAGGACGAAUUUCGGGGCGAACAGUGGAAAUGGAGUUCGAAUAAUGAGUCCUCUUCUCAACCUCCCUCCGCCAUACAUUUCCAAAGUAACUGUGAGUUUUUUUGGAUUCGGUUCUCUGUUUUGCAAUGGAAAGAACAAAAAGAAGAACAAAUAAACAAAGAGUUACGCCAUUUUCAUGGCCUUACCCAUCUCGAUUCACUGUUCUCUUAUAUUCUUUUUCAUUUUUGUUGUUGUUCCUCAAUAAUUAAAAACUUAUGGGCUGUCUCUUUGUUCUUUUCAA